CUUGGUGCAGCCCUUGGACUUAUCGAUAACUGUCGAAGCUCAGCAGCUUUCAGUUGGCUGACAACAUCGUUGAGCACGUGCAAUAAAGACGUCGAUGGCUAUCAGCAAUUAAGUUCCAGUUUCCAGAGCAUUUGGAUUUGUCACCUUUACUGUUGCGAACUCCUCUCCCAGAUGUCCAGUCCCAAGGCGAAGCCGGAGCAUAAAAAGAGCAUAACUUCCCCGAGCUGUGGCAGCAUAAUGGUGGGUGUUACGUUUGACGAGGGCAUUGUGUUGGCCAUCAAUGCAGUGAAUAAUCUAAUAUACUAUUUGGAUGAUCACAUCUAUUGCUGCGCAAGUAAUGGCGGCUUUGACCGGGACUCGUUGAUAGAUGUGUCCACGAAACUGGAGGAAGUGGCACGCACGAAUAAUCAUAAGGGAGUCACGGUGGCUCAAGCCUUGGAUCUGAUUGUCAAGGUGUAUGAGCAGGCAGAAGUCACAGAGCUGUUGCUGGCUGGCGAGGAUACGAGUGGCCUGCACUUGGUCGCACUGAAAUCCAUAGGCACAAGUUCGCGUGUCAACUAUGCGGCGCUGGGGGCAGCGGCGAGUGGAGCUGCCGAAUAUCUGAAAUGCCAAUGGCGACCGGCUCUGAGUGUUAAGCAGGCGGAGGCUCUGGCACGCAGAGCUGUCGCGAUGGGCAAUAUGCAUAAAUUGGGCAUCGAUGUCUGCAUAUUGUUCAGACGAACGCCAGAGUCGCACCGAGCCGAAUUCCACGACUCCUCCUGAAAUGUCAGCCAAUUGAAGCUGAUAGAGCAAUCCAUUCGGUUUGACUGAUCUUUUGUUUAUGCUUAAAUGUUUAUCUUGCAGCAUAAAUAAAUGAAUUGUUGCUGCUCAGCUGGCUCUAAAUAAUU